UGUGUGCGUGUGAGUGAGAAAGUGACGAAUUACUUUUCAUCAAAUGGGAAAUAGUUUAGUUUGAAAACACGUAUCUAUCCAGAACACAGAAAAAUUACAGACGUGACAACAUCUAGAAACAACAAGCUAAAUCGGCGCAAAUAGAACUAAACGAGAACACAAGAACUACACCAUCGAAAUGGCGGAAGGCGGCAGCAAGCGCAUCAACGUGGUUGUAAAAACGCCAAAGGACAAGAAAACGGUCGAGGUUGACGAAGAUUCUGGAAUAAAAGACUUCAAAAUUCUGGUUGCACAAAAGUUCGAGGCGGAGCCCGAGCAGCUCGUGCUCAUUUUUGCCGGCAAAAUUAUGAAGGACACGGACACGCUCAAGAUGCACAACAUCAAGGACAACCUGACGGUGCAUCUGGUGAUAAAGGCGCCGACGCGCAACAACGAGGUGCCGGCUCGCCAGCCGGCUGACGUGCGCCAAACGCCCUUUGGCCUGAACCAAUUCGGUGGUCUGGCCGGAAUGGAGGCACUUGGAGCCGGUUCAAACACCUUUAUGGACCUGCAGGCGCGCAUGCAGAACGAGCUGCUCAACAACAGCGACAUGCUGCGCUCCCUGAUGGACAACCCGCUAGUGCAGCAGAUGAUGAACAAUCCGGAAACCAUGAGCCAGCUGAUCACGUCAAAUCCGCAGAUGCAAGACCUGAUGCAGCGCAAUCCCGAAAUCUCGCACAUGCUUAACAAUCCGGACCUGCUGCGCCAGACGAUGGAGCUGGCCCGCAAUCCCUCGAUGCUGCAGGAGCUGAUGCGCUCGCACGACCGAGCCAUGUCGAACCUAGAGUCGGUGCCGGGCGGCUACAGCGCCCUGCAGCGCAUCUACCGCGACAUCCAGGAGCCAAUGAUGAACGCGGCCACGGAAUCUUUUGGUCGCAACCCCUUCGCCGGCCUAGUCGACGGCGGUGGCUCGGGAGCCGGCAUCAAUCCGCAGCAGGGCACCGAAAACCGCAAUCCCUUGCCGAAUCCUUGGGGCGGUGGCGGUGCCAAUUCGGCAACCAAUGGCACAGGCAGUGGCUCCGGCGCCGGCAAUCGGACGGGUGAUUUGCCACCCAACAAUGUGCUCAACACGCCGGCAAUGCGAAGCCUGCUCCAGCAGAUGGCCGACAACCCAGCCAUGAUGCAGAACCUGCUGAACGCGCCGUACACGCGUUCCAUGAUGGAGUCCAUGUCCCAGGACCCGGACAUGGCCUCGCGCUUGUUAAGCAGCAGUCCGCUUUUGUCUAACAACCCCGCCAUGCAGGAGCAGGUGCGUCAGAUGAUGCCGCAGUUUAUGGCCCAAAUGCAGAACCCCGAGGUGAUGAACAUGAUAACAAACCCGGACGCAAUGAACGCCAUCCUGCAGAUCCAGCAGGGCAUGGAGCAGCUGCGCAGCGCCGCCCCAGGUCUGGUAGGCACCCUAGGCAUUCCACCACCACCACCGGGUGCCGGCUCCGCAACGGAUCCAGCCAGCGGCGAUGGGAGCGGGGGCAACAGCGGCGCCAGCACCAACAACGUCUCGCCGAACAGCGGCCUCAACGCUGGCAACACCGGCACCGGUGGCCCAAGCCUGGCUCCGGGCGGUGGUCCCAACGCCCAGCUCUUUAACGACUUCAUGGUGCGCAUGCUCAACGGGAUGUCGAACAACACGGACAGUACACAGCCGCCGGAGGUGCGCUACCAGUCGCAGCUGGAGCAGUUGAACGCGAUGGGCUUUGGUAACCGGGAUGCCAACUUGCAGGCUCUGAUCGCCACCUUCGGGGACAUCAAUGCGGCGGUAGAGCGACUGCUGUCCCUCAACCAGUUGUCCUUGAGUUAACAACGCUAAGCCAUUUCCAAACUGUACACAACCUGUCUAUAUAUCUACGAACUACAUCUAUAUCUACCACCACAGCCCUGAAGAACGCAAACGAGAACACGAUGAGAAAGGGGUCCUUUUCCCAAACACCCCGCCCACAAAUUCCACGGUCAGCGCUGCUGAUCGCUUGUUUCCCCAUCAAGCCGGAAAUAUCUUGAAUCCUUCAUACCCACCCACAUGCCAACAUUACCAACACACCAACACCCCUACAACACAAACAGGCGGCUCCACACGAGCAUAGGAGCCUUGAAAACGGAGAGAUACUAGAGAUAGAUGGAUGAUAUGUCGCCGGUGAGAAUAUUAGAUAGAGAUCGCAUACCAAAGUGUCAGCACUUGCGUAGUUGAUAUCAUUUUUUUUAAUUAUUUACUUUUCGAGAGCUCGGAUAGAAACGAACGCUCUGUUAGACACCUGAUAAUCCUUAAAGCGGAAAUGUGUUAACCGAACACCAACUAGAAUAUGCAUACAUAAUGCAUAGUUUUGCACGCCCAGACACAACAAACACACACACACACUUCAACCGAAAUGUUUCACGCAUUUACCCUAUCUGCGAACUUCGUUGAUUUUCAAUAAACUUAAACGGGCUUGUGCUCUUUUGUCAGUGAUAAUGUAACUAUUGUCGUAAUGUAACUAUUGUCGUAAGCACAUGUGAAUUCCAGUUUUGUGCUCAAGAGAGUGCGUGACGGCGGCGCUGUUCCAAUGUGCAAUGAUUGGAGCAGAAAUCAUAAGCUCUAGGAUCAGACAAGGUAGUAUCCUGUGCUCUGGUCGGUCAGUCUAGUUUUAGUCGGGUGCUAGUGGUGGUUACAGCGGCAGUCCUUCUGAUUCACCUCCCUUUCUCGCGAUCCGAAAACGUUCUGGAUAUAACACAACUGCAAACAGGACAACGUACAGUAGAUAUCGGCUUUAUGCUUACAUGCGAAUAUGCUAUGAAAUGCAUACAAGCAAUACAAGUAGUCAAUCAAAAUGGUUAUCGAUUCGUUAAUAUAAGAGCAAUCUCCAAGCGUUAUUAAUCCCAUCCCGUUUUCAGAGGAAUACAAUUGUAAAAAGUUGUUGCACACAAGCAAUUGCAUGCUAACGAUAUCUACUGUAAGUUAAUGUGUGUAUAUACAUAGAUAUAUAUAUAUAUCAAAAUAUUCCAUGGUGUUAACAAAAGACGUAAAACUAUUUAAAACUCCUUAGUAAAGAGAGAAUCCCCAACAAUAAUUUGUAAUGUAAUUUACUCUAAGCUUUCGUAUGCCUAUAACCGACUAUUUGGGUUCCCAUUUUUGAUUAUUUUCAAUCACAUACUUUCAAAACGCUUUCCUCUGUGCGCUCACCGUUUAUAUAAGCUAAGAAUUCAGUGUAUACCCUGUAAGUGCCACCACCACAUAGCCUCGCUCCUCAGGUGAGCCGACUUCAUCGUGCGAUUUGGUUGGUGGCUGGUCUGGUGGGCUAAUGGGCUAGUGGGCUGGUGGUAGCGGUAGUGGUAGUGGAGCUGUACCGACUCGAAGGCGAUCGGAAGAACCACGUUUAUUUGUUUAGUGAAGGAAGUGGUGAGACAAAGUAAUUGAAUGUAAAUGAUCACAUGUUUUAAAACAGUAAUAAAGCUACUUUGGUUUUAGAUUAUA